GCGCUGCUGUCGCUCAGUGCUCCCGAGCGGAAGGGGCUGUGUGCCCCUCUCCGCAAGGUCCCGGGAGCCGCGAGGCAGGUGGGAGGGGCGUGAGUGAAAGUUGCCGGCGUUGGAGCCCGCAGACCCGGCAAUGGAGCCGGGCCCGGCCGCGUCCCCCGGGCCUUCCCGUUCCUUCAAGGAGGAGCUCCUCUGCGCCGUCUGCUACGACCCGUUUCGCGACGCCGUGACUCUGCGCUGCGGCCAUAACUUCUGCCGCGGGUGUGUGACCCGCUGCUGGGAGGUGCAGGUGGCGCCCACUUGCCCGGUGUGCAAGGACCGCGCGGCUCCCUCCGACCUGCGCCCCAACCACACCCUCAACAACCUGGUGGAGAAGCUGCUGCGCGAGGAGGCCGAGGGCGCGCGUUGGACCGGCCACCGCUCCCCGCGCCUCUGCCGCCUGCACCGCGGCCAGUUCAGCCUCUUCUGCCUCGACGACAAGGAGUUGCUCUGCUGCUCGUGCCAGGCCGAUCCCCGGCACCAGGGACAUCGGGUGCAGCCGGUGAAGGACACUGCCCACGACUUCCGGGCCAAGUGCAGGAACAUGGAGCAUGCGCUGCUGGAGAAAGCCAAGGCCUUCUGGGCCAUGAGGCGCUCCUAUGAGGCCAUCGUGAAGCACAAUCAGGUGGAGGCUGCCCGGCUGGAAGGGCGGAUCCGGCAGGAGUUUGACAAGCUCCGGGAGUUCUUGAGAGUGGAGGAGCAGUCCAUCCUGGAUGCCAUGGGAGAGGCGAGGCAGAAGCAGCUUCUAGCAGAGGAGAAGAUGAAGCAGCUCGCAGAAGACAUGGAGGCUCUGGCCCACGAGGUCGAGCGGCUGCAGGUGGAGAUGAAAGAGGAUGACAUUUCUUUUCUCAUGAAACAUAAGAGCCGGAAACGUCGCCUCUUCUGCACGAUGGAGCCAGAGCCCGUCCAGCCCGGCAUGCUCAUCGACAUCUGCAAGUACCUGGACUCCCUGCAGUACCGCGUCUGGAGGAAGAUGGUCAUGUGUGUCGAAUCUGUGCCUUUCAGCUUUGAUCCCAACACCGCAGCUGGCUGGCUUUCCGUGUCCGAUGACCUCACCAGCGUCACCAACCACGACUACCGGGUCCAGGUGGAGAACCCCGAGCGCUUCCCGUCAGCCCCCUGCCUGCUGGGCUCCUGCGUCCUGUCGCAGGGCUCGCACGCCUGGGAGGUGGACCUGGGGACGCUACCCAGCUGGCGCGUGGGGGUGGUGCGGUGGCGCCAGGACGCGGGCUCAGAGGGCCGCUCGCACAGCUGCUACCACGACACGCGCUCGGGCUUCUGGUAUGUGUGCCGCACGCGGGGCGUGGACGGCGACCACUGCGUGACCUCAGACCCCGCCACAUCACCCUUGGUCCCAGCCAUCCCGCGCCGCCUGCGCGUGGAGCUGGAGUGCGAGGAGGGCGAGCUGUCCUUUUACGACGCGGAGCGCCACUGCCACUUGUACACCUUCCACGCCCGCUUUGGGGAGGUGCGGCCCUACUUUUACGUGGGCGGAUCACGGGGCGACGGGCCCCCAGAACCCCUGCGCAUCUGCCCACUGCGCAUCACCGUCAAGGAGGAGCUGGACGGCUGAGGCCCGCCCUGGUCCCCUCUGCUUUCUGACUCUUCCUAAAGCCACACUCGCCUUGGUACCUCUCUGCUACCUGCCUUCUUGCCAGAACCUUCAUACUGACCUCUCCUGUUCUUUUUCGUGGCUCCGGGCCCACGUCUCCUGCCUCAUUUUUGCUCCCUUCUCUACCCACCUUGGAAAGCCAUCCAGGGGACACCUCCCUGGUCAGGCUUUUGUCAGAGUUGUGGCAUCCCCUGGAUGUGAAUUUUCUAAUCCACAUUCUCAGACUCUGCUAGGGAUAAUGUUUGCUUAUAGAGUGGGUCUGUUUUUAAAAUGUUGGUUUUAUCAUUUUCCUAUUGUGGUGAGGCCAGCAGACUCUGGGAGGACUGCUACUGAAAGGAAUUUGUUACAGUUCCCAGGAGGGGGUGCCCUGCCAUGGAGAGGGGAUCCCCUGGGGGGGGGGGACCAGGGUCCUUAGGAGGCGGAGGGGGUGAGGGGAAAGCCUGGGCAGGAGGAUUACUGUGGUUUCCAUGGGGAGGAGGAGGCCAGGUAGGGCCCAAGUAGGCAGUCAGCAAGUUUGAGUACUUUUGAUGGGCUCUGGGGCCACCCCUAGUUGUCUGAUCUUGGUCCUAGUCUGAUCUUAGGGCAGGGGGAGUGUAGAGCCCUGUGAGAGUCUGAUACAGGAGGUGGUUGGGGUAUAGCUCUGCAAAAGGUUGGAGGCAUUUGAAAGAUGUGCUUAUGGGGGAGUUGUUUGCUGUCUCCAGGAAUUUGCCAGCCAGUGAAGUCCCACAUGCCAAAGCAUCAAGAAUACCAAAAAAGAAGAGUUCCCAUCAUGGCCCAACUAGUAUCCAUGAGGAUGCAGGUUUGAUCACUGGCCUUGCUCAGUUGGUUAAGGGUCUGGUGUUGCUGUGAGCUGGGGUGUAGGUUGUAGAUGUGGCUUGGAUCUGGCGUUGCUGUGGCUGUGGCGUAGGCCAGCAGCUGCAGCUCCAGUUCGACCCCUAGCCUGGGAAUCUCCAUAUGCUGCUGGCACAGCCCUAAAAAAAAAGGCUACAGAAAAGAAGAAAGUAUAGUUAAUACAGGAUCAUCACCAUGGCUUUGGGCAGGACCCAUGGCCCGACUUGUUUAUCACUUUACACUCAUAUUGAAUACUGCUCCUCCGCCUCCCCGAGGCCCUGCAGGGCUGGGGGAUUGGGGCAACACUGCUCACCAGAUCAACUCCGAUUUAUUGAUUUACACGUCUUAGACACCUUCCUCUCAAAGGAGGUUCCAAAGCACUUAGAAAAACAAUUUAAAGACCGUGGUUUAGACCUGUUCCCUCUCUGGGCCUUAGUUUUCUCAUCUGCAGAUGAGAUUGUAGGCCUGGGAGUGAUAAGCUUCUGUAAUCAUGUGAAGGACCUUCUUCUGAUUCUUCUCACAAAAGUGCAGAAGGGAGGGAAAGAGGGGCCCCUUCAGUUAGGAGAGAAGGAUGGGGACCGGGUGGUGGUGGUGGUCCUGGGAGGUGCCAGGAGGGAGGAGGGAGGGGCUCCAGUGCCCCUUGCUGACCUCAGCCUCCCUCUUGUUCUGUCUGCUGCCUUUUGCAUUUUCAUCCUGAUUUCUUCUCCCUCUGCCAUGCCUGCAGGCUUGUAUCUCCACUUUUUCUUCCUCACAUAUGCCUGCAGAGAGUUUUUAAUUAUCAACGCUUCUCAUCCCUGGAGAGCAUUUUCUCAGGAGGAGAUAUUUUCUCAGAGGAGCCGUGUUCUCAUGGGGCAUUUUCCUGACUGAGGAUUCAUAAAACUGUCUCUGUUUGUGUCCCCUGGUUCACAGAAGUGGGCAUUGUCAACAGAGAUGAGGAUUCGUAACUGAAAAUUGGUUAUAAAUGUGAUGUGUAUGUAUGUCCGUGGUGGCCACCGGGAGGCAUGUAGGAUAUGGCAUUGAGUGAAGGGGACCUGGUGUGGAGGAGAGGUGAGGAUAUUGGUGAACAGGUGUGAACUGAGGCCCUUCUAGAGGCUCAGGGACUCAGCAGAAGCUCAAGGCACUUUGGAGCCAACUUGUCGGAGUUCAGUGUGCACUUUCUACAAUAAAGUAUUUAUCUAGCCCA